AUAACAACAUAGGUACUAUUAUUUACUUUCAGAAACAUAUUAAUCGAAGUACCUAUAUUUUUAAAUAGCUAGCAAAGAUUCAUUUUAUUAUCAAAUACUAAUUACAUAAUGUCUCUUAAGUAUAACGAAGAGUUUAAAUACGCAUUACGUGACAUAGCCAACAACUCUUUCAAGCUGGAAAAUCAAUUUGACAGAGUCCGUUGUACUGAAUGGGUUCAUAAGUUGGUGAUGUUGUCAGAUGACUCUUUAGAAAAUAUUAAAAUUCGCAAUGAUUAUGCUCAAUAUUUACGUAUAAUGCUUAGAGCUGGUGUUCUACACGGAAUAUUUUCCAACAGUCCACCGGCAACUUUAAUGCCUUUUCCUGAAGCUAUGGGAAAAUUGGUAGCAUCAAAAGUAACAUCUCUUCCACCUAUGGGACCAAUUAAUGUGUAUAUGAAGCACUGGUCUCCGGAUGGACGAGCUUAUGUAGCUAUAAAACCAAUACCUGGAAAAGGAGUGCUAACUUACCUUUCCGUCACUCCAAUAAGUGAUGGACAACAUAAUAAUUAGUUUGAAUAUUAAUAAAUUGUAUUUUUAAUUGAAA